GCACCGCGGGGGACGUUGAAUCCGCAGAGAGCGCCUGGCUAAAUCCAGCAGGCAAGAUGCGCAAGUGUGGAGAAUUUGCACUGCGCAGUCCGAUCCUAUGCAUGUGCCUUCGGAAGCCAGUGUCGCCGUGGUGGCUGCAGUCCUGUAUUCACGUAACCAUGGAAGUAGGCGAGGCUUGCUUCCGAGUAGGCUUGCGCUGUAAGUUGGAAGUGUUGUUAGAAGCCCAGAAAGAGUUAGUGAAUUACAAUGGCCUUGGCAUUAGUGUUCUUGAAAUGAGCCACAGAUCGUCUGAUUUUUCAAAAAUUGUCAAAGCAGCUGAAAAGUGCUUGCGUGAACUCUUAAAAAUGCCAGAUAACUACAAAGUGAUUUUUCUCCAAGGAGGUGGAUCUGGACAAUUCAGUGGGGUCCCACUUAAUCUUAUUGGGCUGAAAGAAGCCAGGUGUGCUGAUUAUGUGGUUACAGGAGCUUGGUCAGCAAAAGCAGCCAAGGAAGCAGAGAAAUAUGCCAAAGUGAACCUUGUUCAUCCUAAACUCUCCAGUUACACAAAAAUUCCUGAUCCAAGCACUUGGAACCUUAACCCCGAUGCCUCCUAUGUCUACUAUUGUGCAAAUGAGACGGUUCAUGGUGUGGAGUUUGACUUUGUACCUGAUGUUGGAAAGGCAGUUUUAGUUUGUGAUAUGUCAUCCAAUUUCCUCUCCAGGCCGGUGGAUGUGUCUAAGUUUGGUGUAAUCUUUGCUGGUGCCCAGAAGAAUGCAGGCUGUGCUGGAGUCACGGUGGUUAUAGUACGUGAGGACUUGAUUGGCUUUGCACUCAAAGAGUGCCCGACGGUGUUGGACUACAAAGUGCAAGUGGAGAACAGCUCCCUAUACAACACUCCUCCGUGCUUCAGUAUCUAUAUCACAGGCUUGGUCCUGAAUUGGGUAAGAAGCAAUGGCGGAGCUGCAGCUAUGGAUAAGCUUAGCCAAAUGAAGUCACAAAUGAUUUAUGAUAUUAUUGACGGAUCCAGUGGAUUCUAUGUAUGUCCUGUGGAGAAGAACAGCAGGAGCAGAAUGAAUGUUCCUUUCCGGAUUGGCAGUAUUAAGGGUGAUGAGGCCCUGGAAAAGAAAUUCCUUGAUCAAGCUACAGAAAACAACAUGCUAUCCCUGAAAGGGCAUAGAUCUGUGGGAGGAAUCCGUGCUUCUUUGUAUAAUGCUGUGACAAGAGAAGACGUUCAGAAGUUAGCAGCAUUCAUGAAGAGCUUCAUGGAGAUGCAUCGGUCAUGAACUCGAAUUAAUUAGUGCUGCCCCUCUUGGAAAUAAAACUAAUGAAUUGGAAGCUGGUGGAAAUAUUUCCUAUACUAAAACUUUCAGUACCACAGUCAGAUUUUGGAAACCAAUAAAAACCCCAGUGUCCCUUAUAUCUGCCCAAUAUUCAAAGCGGUCUUGGCUGUAGAAGAUCCAGGCUUGCUUGUCCCUGCACUUUGAGAAUUGACCGCAGUGUUUUAUCACAGUCCCUAGAGGUAUGCAGUUCCAUUUGUGUUUUUUAAAGUGGGUAAGUAGGGAGAGAAUUCAGCAGCCUAAAAUAAAAUAAAAUGUACUGAGGAUAGAGGGGAAAACUUAACUAUAGAAAAUACAUUUUGGGGGGUUACAUCAGUAAUCAAAUAAUAGCUCUUAUUCUAAUUGCCCCUGCUAAAAACCUUUCAUCUUGAUCUGCUAAAAGAAGGGACACAGAAGGAAUGGUUGAGCGACCUGGCA